AUGUCCGACUACGAAAGAAUCCGUCUCGUUUUAUUAGGUGGACAAGGAGUUGGUAAAUCGUGUAUAGUGAAAAGAUUUCUUUUCAACACGUAUUCCGACAAGUAUAAAAGUACCGUCGAAGAUCUUUACAGCAGAGAAUACGAUCUCGGUCCGGUAACGCUUAAAUUGGAUAUACUCGACACGUCCGGUGACAUGCAAUUUCCGGCAAUGAGAAGACUAUCGAUAGCCACAUCUCAUGCUUUCCUAUUAGUUUAUGCCACGACAUCCGAAUCUAGUUUUCAAGCCGUUAAACAGUGUUUCAAUGAGAUAAGAGAACAAAGAGCCGAUCACCAAGAGAUACCCAUCGUUGUCGUGGGUAACAAAUUGGAUUUGGCUGCAACCCACAGGGAAGUUUCCAUAGAAGAUGUUUCCGAAUGGUUGUAUUGCGAAUUACCAAGACUCAGAGCAAAAAUAGUCGAAUGUUCGGCCAAAGACGGGUACAACAUAAAAGAAAUAUUUCAAACUCUUCUUUCCCUAUCGAAAAUAAUUCCAGCAAAUAAUACGGAAUCGACUGGAGGAUUGAAAAGACGAUCGAGCGCAUAUGUGAGCACAAAUAAAGGAGGUAGACGAAUAGCAAGUCCGGCAACAUCCGAUUUCAGUAGAACGGAAACGACGACUAAUAAUCCGAUAACUGAUAACGGUCAAGGUGGAGGAGGAGCAGCAUCAGGUUCGGACACGUCCAAAUCAAAACCUAGAAGCAGAAGUUUAAUAAGAAGAUCGAGUAGGAAAACAAAACAACAAAUGAGAGAAGUACACGGAGAAGUCGAUCAGUGUCACGUGUCCUAA